ACACUCUGCAAUUCCCGCUAGGUAUAUAAAGCAGCAUCUCGACCGCUCUCCUCUCUCUCUCUUUGUCUCUCUCUUUCUUUGCAAAAAAAUCCAGUUUCCAAAUUAGGCGAGAAAAAGCAACGUUUCGCUUUUUUAUUUUGCCAGCUCUCGAUUUCAAGAUCCCUAUGAGAAAAUGUUGAAAGCUCAAACAGAUUAUAAUUUGUUGUGCCCCAUUUUGUUGGCCAAGAGCUUGUAGAUUUGUAAUAAUUUACCAUUAAGUAGUAUUAGUGACGUUAGCUAUGCUGUAUUUGUGAGUAUAGGGGAUUUUUAAUAUGGGUUUUGCUUUUGUAUUGUAUUGGGUGGCUUGAGCAUAUUUACUAUUGUAAAAACUUUAGUGAGGCCUGGCUCUGGAGAGCUACCUAGAAUCUGGCCAUCAAGGGACGGUGCCUCCCAUGGUGCCUUCUCGGGUGGCUGGAGGGCUAACACAAUCUUCAUCGAGUUCUGGAAUUUUCUUUCAAGGAGAUGGACAGUCCCAAGCUGUUGUUAACUCUCACUUGAGCUCAUCUUUCGGGAACUCUUCUAAUUCAAUUCCUGGAACUGGGCGUUCGAAUCUGGGUCCGGUUUCUGGGGACAUGAACAAUGCAGUUUUAAACAGUGUGGCGAAUUCUGGUCCAAGUGUUGGGGCAAGUUCUUUGGUCACAGAUGCAAACUCUGCACUUUCAGGAGGUCCACAUUUGCAGAGAAGUGCGAGCAUCAAUACAGAGUCAUAUUUAUGCUUACCGGCAUCUCCCAUGUCAUUCUCAUCCAAUAAUAUUAGCAUUUCUGGGUCAUCAGUUAUGGAUGGGUCUUCUGUAGUGCAGCAGAAUUCUCAUCAGGACCAGAAUGCUCAACAAGUGCAGCAGAGCCAGCAGCUCCAACAAGGGGCAUCAAGCGCUACAUCCUUACCCGCAUCACAAACUGGCCAAGUUUCACUUCCUAUGGGUGUGCGAAUGCCUGGAUCUUUCCUUCAGGAUCCAAAUAAUUUAGCUCAGGUGCAAAAGAAACCCCGUUUGGAUAUCAAGCAGGAAGAUAUCAUGCAGCAACAGGUGUUACAGCAGCUUCUCCAGAGACAAGACUCCAUGCAGUUCCAAGGCCGAAAUCCACAGUUACAAGCCUUAAUUCAGCAGCAGAGGUUACGGCAACAGCAGCAGAUUUUGCAGUCUAUGCCACAGUUGCAAAGGGCUCACAUGCAGCAACAACAGCAGCAGCAGAUGCACUUGAGGCAACUUCAGCAGCAGGCAAUGCAGCCAGUAUCUGCUAUGAAGCGGCCUUAUGAUGGUGGUGUAUGUGCUCGUCGCUUGAUGCAAUAUCUUUAUCAUCAGCGUCAAAGACCGCCUGACAAUACUAUUGCCUAUUGGAGGAAAUUUGUGACAGAAUACUACUCUCCCCGUGCUAAGAAAAGAUGGUGCUUAUCAUUAUAUGACAAUGUUGGGCAUCAUGCACUUGGUGUUUUCCCUCAGGCAGCUAUGACUUGUCUGAGUGUAUAUAUGCAGUUGGAUGAGUUGCAUGUGCAGGAAAAGGAUGCAUGGCAGUGUGACAUCUGUGGUUCUAAAUCUGGAAGGGGUUUUGAGGCAACUUUUGAAGUUCUCCCCAGACUUAAUGAGAUCAAAUUUGGUAGUGGAGUGAUUGAUGAACUUCUUUUCUUGGACUUGCCACGUGAAUGUAGAUUUCAUUCUGGAAUAAUGAUGUUGGAGUAUGGAAAAGCGGUACAAGAAAGUGUGUAUGAGCAGCUUCGUGUUGUUCGGGAGGGUCAGCUUCGUAUCAUAUUCUCUCAAGAUUUAAAGAUUUUGUCUUGGGAAUUUUGCGCACGGCGACAUGAAGAACUUUUCCCUCGGAGAUUGGUUGCGCCACAGGUGAACCAGCUGGUUCAGGUUGCACAGAAGUGCCAAACAACAAUUGCUGAAAGUGGAUCUGAUGGGGUUUCUCAGCAGGAUUUGCAAACGAACAGCAAUAUGGUAUUGACUGCAGGGCGACAGCUUGCUAAGAGUUUGGAGUUGCAGUCACUGAAUGACUUGGGUUUUUCUAAAAGAUAUGUAAGGUGUUUGCAGAUCUCUGAGGUAGUCAAUAGCAUGAAAGAUUUGAUUGAUUUCUGCCGGGAGCACAAAGUUGGGCCUAUUGAGGGCUUGAAAAAUUAUCCUCGACAUGCUGGUGCAGCCAAGCUCCAGAUGCAAAAGAUGCAAGAAAUGGAGCAGCUAGCAAGCGUUCAGGGUAUGCCAACAGACAGGAAUACCCUCAAUAAGUUGAUGGCUUUGCAUCCAGGGCAUAAUCAAAUGAACAACCAGCACAUGGUUGGACGAGGAGCUUUAAGUGGUUCACAACAAGCCGCUUUGGCAUUGACUAAUUACCAGAAUCUGCUUAUGAGGCAGAACUCAAUGAAUUCAAAUCCCAACUCUAUACAACAAGAGGCAUCAUCUUCCUUCUGUAAUUCCAACCAAAGUCCAUCAUCGUCCUUCCAAGGCACUGCUGCUUUAAUACCAGGGUCCAUGCAGCAUUUACCUGUGAGUGGCUUUUCAAGUCCUCAUCUUCCCUCACAACAACCACAGCAGCCACAACAGCUGCAGCAGCGUUCGAUGUCUUCUAAUAGCUUACUGCAACAAAACCAUCCACAGACCUCACAAGGCAACCAGGUCUUACAACAGCAGAUGAUCCAGCAACUGCUGCAGGAGAUGUCCAAUAGCAGUGGAGGACAACAGCAAUCUCUUUCUGGACCCACGGCCAAUGGUAAUGUGUCAAGGAAUGGAAUGAGUUUUGGCAACACAUCAGGAACAGCUUCAGCUACUGCCAAUGCGGCGGGAACUAAUGGGCCUGCUCCAAGCAGGAGCAACAGCUUCAAAGCUGCUUCGACCAGUGACUCUUCUGCUGGUGGUGGCAACAAUGGCUUCAACCAGAGAGCAGCACCGGAUUUACCCCAGAAUCUUCAUUUGCAGGAGGACAUAGUUCAAGACAUUGCCCAUGAGUUCACAGAAAAUGGGUUUUUUAACAGUGAUCUUGACGAUAGUAUGGGGUAUGGCUGGAAAGCAUGACUAACAAAAAAUUUGGGCUAAUUGUUGGCUCUACUCUGCGGAAGCGGCCAGCAUAUAUAUCUUUGUACAGUCAUUUGAAAUAGCUGUUUUCUCAUUCUCAUUUUCCUUCGGCUCCUUUUUAAGGUCUGGAAUUUGUUGUGACAUCAUCCAGUUGUACUUCAGUUAGUUCAGUAGGCAUAGUGGCAAUCUCUUCUCCUCUCUUUUCUUUUUAUUUGAGGGUUCUGUCUCCCAAGUCUUGCAAGUGUAAUCUAUUGGACGAAAACCUAAGAACAAAUUAAGUUUCCUAGUGACAUGAUAUUUACAUGCUUCUUUCUGUC